CGCGCACGCGACAGCAAGCGGCGGGUGGUCGUCAGCGUCGCGUGUGCAACUCGGUCAAAACAAAGCGGCGGCGCGCACGGGAGCGAGCAUAGUCGCGUGCUCUAUGAAUGAGUCCACCGCCGCCGUCGUCAUCGUCGUUACCGGAAUUACCGGAGCCUCCAUCCGCCGGAUGCCCGGCCGGGAGCUCACAUUGUCGGCUAGCCAGAGCAGAGACGUCCCGCCGAUGAGAAGCGACCUUGUACCGGCGUCACAGCAACCGGAACCGGGAGACAGGAAGACGGAACGAUGCUGGAUGGACUCAGGCGAAGGCACGCCUCCCGCUCCUCCCCCCGGCCCCUCUCCCUCAACUUCAGCACCUUCUCGGCCCCUCCCCCGAGCCCGGACUUGGACAGCAGCAAUGAGCACCCAAUCAGGAGGACUCUGCACCGGCUCAAGCUGAUGAGCUCGCCCAGCCUCAGCGACCUGGGCAAGAGCGAGAAGGGCUCACCGGAGGACCGGGGGGAGAAGCAGAAGCGGGCCGGCGCCAACGCCACCUGGAACAGUAUCCACAACGCAGUCAUCGCAGUCUUCCAGAAGAAAGGUUUGGCUGACAACGAACUUUACGCUCUCAACGAAGGCGUCAGGCACCUGCUGAAGACCGAGGUGGGGUCCUUCUUCACGGAGUACCUUCAGAACCAGCUGCUGACAAAAGGCAUGGUCAUCCUGAGGGACAAGAUAAGGUUCUACGAAGGCCAGAAGUUGCUGGACUCUCUGGCCGAGACGUGGGACUUCUUCUUCUGCGACGUUCUCUCCAUGCUGCAAGCCAUCUUCCACCCGGUGCAGGGGAAGGAGCCUUCGGUCCGUCAGCUGGCCUUGCUCCACUUCCGGAGCACCAUCGUCCUGAGCGUGAAGCUGGAGGACGCCUUGUCUCGACCCCGAGCCAGAGUGCCGCCGUCUGUCACGCAGAUGCUGCUAAUCCUGCAGGGAGUCCACGAGUCGCGUGGCGUGAACGAGGACUACCUGAGGCUGGAAUCUCUGGUCCAGAAAGUGGUCUCUCCCUACCUGGGCACGCACGGGCUUUACUCCGGAGACCAGAGCGAGGACCACUGCCGUGUUCUGGAGAGGCGCCUCCAGUGGGGCUGGUCCAAGUCUGCCGAGCAGCUGUCCAAGAACCCGGUGGUACGCUCCAAGAGCUACAACAUCCCCCUGCUGCUGACCCCGGUGGCGGAGUACGACCCCGACGGCGGCUCCGCCGGCAGCGGCGGGAUCCGGCGUCACUCGGCCUGUGAGAUGAUUUCCUGUCUGGAGGAGCAAACGUUGACCUACGCCGAGCUCUCCGGCUCCGCCUCCAACCGGCUCUGCGUGGGCUCGCAGUAUAAAGGCGCCGCCUCCUCCGACCUGCCGCUGUCCUCGCCGUCCAUCCUCGAGCUGCGCUCGUCCGGAGCGCUGCACGGAACCGAGGCCACGACCACCAUGACCGACCUAGGCAAGGCGGCCUCCUGCACGCCGCCCAGCGAGUCGUCCAGCCCAGACACCAUCAUCGGACAGGUGCUCGAGUCCACCGACUCCGACUCAGACGGGAUAUUUAUUGAUUUUCCUUCUCGUUCCUCGGAGGCUCUGGGCUACGCUCGCGAAAGCAGGCAGAGCACCGUGUAGCUAAACCACACACACAAACACACACACACACUCCUCUUUCCGUCCUUCUGGGGACCUCUGAAAAAUGCCUCCCUCUUUAGGACCACCCUUUCUAGAUAUAUACAGAUUAAUAUUGACAACAUUAAUGAUAUAUACACACUACGCAAACAUAAAAAAAUAUAUUUGGAAUUUCACAAGAAAAAGGUCACAAUUUCACAAGAAAAACUUAAAAUCUUGGCACUGUUAUUAUAAAAGUCAUCAUUUUACUCAACACAAGUCAAGAUUUUACAAGAAAAACUGAAAAUUUGUGCAAUGUUAUGAUAAAAGUUGGAAUUUAACUCUAACAGUCGCAAUUUGACAAGAAAAGCUUCACGUUUUGGCAACUUUAUGAAAAGAGUCGUAAUUUUACCCGACAAAAGUCAAAAUUUGAUAAGAAAACUUUGAAAUUUGCAAUGGUUUUCCGUAUUGGGAUCAUGAUUUAUGUCCUAACUUGUUCACACCGCCUCAUAUGGAAGCUACUUUUCCCUGUUGAUGUCUCAAAAAUGGUAAAAAAACAAGAACAAACACACACACACACAAACUUGUAUUUCCGACCUUCUGGGGACCUCUGAAAAAUGCCUCCCUCUUUAGGGCCACCCUUUCUAGAUAUAUACAGAUUAAUAUUGACAACAUUAAUAAUUUAUACACACUAUGCAAACAUAAAAAAAUAUAUUUAGAAUUUCACAAGAAAAAGGUCACAAUUUCACAAGAAAAAAUUUAAAUCUUGGCAUUGUUACUAUAAAAGUCGUCAUUUUACUCUACACAAGUCAAGGUUUUACAAAAAAAACUGAACAUUUUUGCAAUGUUAUGAUAAAAGUUGGCAUUUAACUUUUAACAGUUGCAAUUUGACAAGAAAAGCUUAACGUUUUGGCAACUUUAUGAAAAGAGUCCUAAUUUUACCCGACAAAAGUCAAAAUUUGAUAAGAAAACUUUGAAAUUUGCAAUUGUUUUCCGUAUUGGGACCAAGAUUUUUGUCCUAACUUGUUCACACCUCAUAUGGAAGCUACUUUUCUUUCUUGAUGUCUCAAAAAGGGUAGAAAAACAAGAACCCACACACACACAAACUUGUAUUUCCGACCUUCUGGGGACCUCUGAAAAAUGCCUCCCUCUUUAGGACCAUCCUUUCCAGAUAUAUACACAUUAAUAUUGAUAACAUUAAUAAUAUAUACACACUACGCAAAUAUAAAAAAAUAUAUUUGGAAUUUCACAAGAAAAAGGUCACAAUUUCACAAGAAAAACUUAAAAUCUUGGCAUUGUUACUAUAAAAGUCGUCAUUUUACUCUACACAAGUCAAGGUUUUACAAGAAAAACUGAACAUUUGUGCAAUGUUAUGAUAAAAGUUGGAAUUUAACUCGAACAGUCGCAAUUUUACAAGAAAAGCUUAACAUUUUGGCAAUUUUAUGAAAAGAGUCGUAAUUUUACCCGACAAAAGUCAAAAUUUGAUAAGAAAACUUUGAAAUUUGCAAUGGUUUUCCGUAUUGGGAUCAUGAUUUAUGUCCUAACUUGUUCACACCGCCUCAUAUGGAAGCUACUUUUCCCUCUUGAUGUCUCCAAAAGGGUAGAAAAAGAAGAACACACACACACACAAACUUGUAUUUCCGACCUUCUGGGGACCUCUGAAAAAUGCCUCCCUCAUUAGGACCAUCCUUUCUAGAUAUAUACAGAUUAAUAUUGACAACAUUAAUAAUUUAUACACACUAUGCAAACAUAAAAAAAUAGAUUUAGAAUUUCACAAGAAAAAGGUCACAAUUUCACAAGAAAAAAUUUAAAUCUUGGCAUUGUUACUAUAAAAGUCGUCAUUUUACUCUACACAAGUCAAGAUUUUACAAGAAAAACUGAAAAUUUGUGCAAUGUUAUGAUAAAAGUUGGAAUUUAACUCUAACAGUCGCAAUUUGACAAGAAAAGCUUCACGUUUUGGCAAUUUUAUGAAAAGAGUCCUAAUUUUACCCUACAAAAGUCAAAAUUUGAUAAGAAAACUUUGAAAUUUGCAAUUGUUUUCCGUAUUGGGACCAAGAUUUUUGUCCUAACUUGUUCACACCUCAUAUGGAAGCUACUUUUCUUUCUUGAUGUCUCAAAAAGGGUAGAAAAACAAGAACACACAGACACACAAACUUGUAUUUCUGACCUUCUGGGGACCUCUGAAAAAUGCCUCCCUCUUUAGGGCCACCCUUUCUAGAAAUAUACAGAUUAAUAUUGAUAACAUUAAUAAUUUAUACACACUAUGCAAACAUAAAAAAAUAUAUUUGGAAUUUCACAAGAAAAAGGUCACAAUUUCACAAGAAAAACUUAAAAUCUUGGCAUUGUUACUAUAAAAGUCGUCAUUUUACUCUACACAAGUCAAGGUUUUACAAGAAAAACUGAACAUUUGUGCAAUGUUAUGAUAAAAGUUGGAAUUUAACUUGAACAGUCGCAAUUUGACAAGAAAAGCUUAACAUUUUGGCAAUUUUAUGAAAAGAGUCGUAAUUUUACCCGACAAAAGUCAAAAUUUGAUAAGAAAACUUUGAAAUUUGCAAUGGUUUUCCGUAUUGGGAUCAUGAUUUAUGUCCUAACUGGUUCACACCUCUUCAUAAGGAAGCUACUUUUCCCUCUUGAUGUCUCCAAAAGGGUAGAAAAACAAGAACCCACACACACACAAACUUGUAUUUCCGACCUUCUGGGGACCUCUGAAAAAUGCCUCCAUCUUUACGACCAUCCUUUCCAGAUAUAUACAGAUUAAUAUUGAUAACAUUAAUAAUAUAUACACACUACGCAAAUAUAAAAAAAUAUAUUUGGAAUUUCACAAGAAAAAGGUCACAAUUUCACAAGAAAAACUUAAAAUCUUGGCAUUGUUACUAUAAAAGUCGUGAUUUUACUCUACACAAGUCAAGGUUUUACAAGAAAAACUGAACAUUUGUGCAAUGUUAUGAUAAAAGUUGGAAUUUAACUUGAACAGUCGCAAUUUGACAAGAAAAGCUUAACAUUUUGGCAAUUUUAUGAAAAGAGUCGUAAUUUUACCCGACAAAAGUCAAAAUUUGAUAAGAAAACUUUGAAAUUUGCAAUGGUUUUCCGUAUUGGGAUCAUGAUUUAUGUCCUAACUGGUUCACACCUCUUCAUAAGGAAGCUACUUUUCCCUCUUGAUGUCUCCAAAAGGGUAGAAAAACAAGAACCCACACACACACAAACUUGUAUUUCCGACCUUCUGGGGACCUCUGAAAAAUGCCUCCAUCUUUAAGACCAUCCUUUCCAGAUAUAUACAGAUUAAUAUUGAUAACAUUAAUAAUAUAUACACACUACGCAAAUAUAAAAAAAUAUAUUUGGAAUUUCACAAGAAAAAGGUCACAAUUUCACAAGAAAAACUUAAAAUCUUGGCAUUGUUACUAUAAAAGUCGUGAUUUUACUCUACACAAGUCAAGGUUUUACAAGAAAAACUGAACAUUUGUGCAAUGCUAUGAUAAAAGUUGGAAUUUAACUCGUACAGUCGCAAUUUUACAAGAAAAGCUUAACAUUUUGGCAAUUUUAUGACGAGAGUCGUAAUUUUACCCAGAAAAAAGUCACAAUUUUAUAAGAAAACUUUGAAAUUUUGGCAAUAUUAUAAUAAUGAUCAAUCAAUCAAUCAAUGUUUAUUUAUAUAGCCCUAGAUCACGAGUGUCUCAAAGGGCCGCACAAGCCCCAACGACAUUCUCGGUUCAGAUCCCACAUCAGGGUAAGGAAAAACUCAACCCAAUGGGACAAUGAGAAACCUUGGAGAGGACCGCAGAUGUGGGGACCUCCCCCCUCUAGUGCGACCGUAAUUUUACUUGGCAAAAUGACGACAAAAGUCAUUUUUUUACCCCAACAAUGUCACUAUUUUACAGGAACAACAAGAACGUUGGCAAAAUUGUGAUAAAAGUCAGAAUUUUACAUGACAAAUGUUUCCAUUUUGCAUUAAAAAUUAAUAAUUUUACAUAAAAACGUAAUAAUUUUAUGAGAAAAUAUCGCAGUAUUACAGAAAGAGAAAGAAUAUGAGAAAUUGUUCCCAAUUUUAUAGGAAAGAAGUCGACACAUUGUGAGAAAAAGACCGCUUUUGGUUAUUUUUUUGUUUGUAAUUACUUUUUAAUUGUCAUUACUUACUUCCAAGUUAUUACAGUAUGUCUCUAUAUACAUAUUUAUUUAGAUUUUUUUGUUGGUUUUUAUUUUGGCCAAAGGGGGGCGCAUUUCAUUUUCUUGCACACACUUGUUCUUUCAUAUGUUGACCAUAGGGGGCGGGGGGCACUUUUAAAAGCAACACACAGUCAAUGUGAAAAAUCUUUCCUUUUUGGGACCAGCCUCAUUUUGAUAGAUAAAUGAGAGAUUCUCCAUUAGAUGCAAUGUUAUUGGGACCAUGAUUUGUGUCAUCACUUGUUCACACCUCCUCAUAUGGAAGCUACUUUUCCUUGUUGAUGUCUCAAGAAGGUUAGAAAAACAAACACACACACACACACACACACACACUUAAUCUUUGUGAGUACAUUUCUUUUGUCCUCCAUCCAUUUAUCCUGCUUCAUGCCAGUGGUGUCAUGCUAAAUUGUUUUCAGACUAAAUACUUAAACUCAUUUAGGAUUUAUGCCGAUUUCCGCAAAAAUUUGUGGAUUUUUUCGCCACAGAAAGAAUGUGAAUUUGGUGAAAAUCUGGAUAAAUGUGCACAUUGGGAUUGUCCAGUUAGAAACAAAAACACGUCUCUAAAUUUUGUGUAUUUUUUUCCUUGUAAAUUAAACUUUUUGUUAUUUAAGUUUUUCCUUUCCGAUAAAACACAACUUUUUCAUCUCAAAAUUUGCUUUAUAACAAGUAGGGGAAAAAAUAUAAUUGGAAAUACAUCCUUUAUUUCAAAAAAAAAAAAAAGAAUGCUUUUAUUAUAAAAAUUAGAAAAUCACAAUAUUGCAAGACAUUUUUUUAAAGAAAAGAAAGAUUAUUUAAACAAUUGAAAAUAUAUGCUUGAUUUAAAAACCUACAAAAUCAGGCUUUUAUGAAAAUUUUAAUAUUUUAUUGCCAAAGUAAUAAUGCGGAUUUGGUGAAGAUCUGGAUAAAAGUGCCCAUUGGGAUUGUCCAGUUAGAAACAAAAACAAGGCUCUAAAUUUUGUGUAUUUUUUUCCUUUUAAAUUAAACUUUUUUUUAUUUACGUUUUUUUCUUUCCGGUAAACUUUUUCAUCUCAAAAUUUGCUUUACAACAAGUAGGAGAAAAAAAUAUAAUUGGAAAUACAUCCUUUAUUUGAAAAAAAAAAAAAAAAAAAGGAUGCUUUUACUAUGAAAAUUUAAAAAUCAAAAUUUUGCAAGACUUUCUUUUUAAAGAAAAGAAAGAUUAUUCAAACAAUUGAAAAUACGUUCUUUUUUUUAAAUCCAAGAAAACCAGGCUUCAUCUGGAUGAAAUCGCCCAUUGAAAAUGUCCAGUUAGAAGAAAAAAAUAAUUUCUCAAAAUUUUGUGUAUAUUUUCCUUUUAAAUUAAAAAAUAAAUAAAACAUUUUUUUUUCAUCUCAAAAGGUGCUUUACAACAAGUAGGAACAAAUGUAAAAUUGGAAAUAAAUUAUUUGUUUGAACAACAACAACAAAAAAAUCAUGCUAUUAUUAUGUAAAUGAAAAAAAUACAAUUUUGCAAGACAUUGGAAAGAGAAGAAAUAUUUAAACAAUUGAAAAUGCAUUCUUUAUUCAAAAAACAAGAAAAUCAGGCUUUUAUGAAAAUGCACAGAGAGGAAAACUAAUUAUAUUUAAUAUUUUUUGCCUAAGAAACAAUGCAGGUUAAAAGUGCCCAUUCGGAUUAUCCACUUAGAAAAAAAAAAAUUAUGUCUUUAAGUUUUGUGUAUUUUCCUUUUAGAUAAAAAAAAAAAAAAGUUUUUCUGUUCCAAUAAAACAAAAAUUUUUCAUCUCAAAAUUUGAAUACACGUUUUAUAACUAAUAGAAAAAAAAAUGUAUAAUUGGAAAUACAUUCUUUAUUUGAAAAAAAAAAUAUAUAUAUAUAUAUAACAAAACUUUGAAAUUUUGGCAAUAUUAUAAUAAUGAUCAAUCAAUCAAUCAAUGUUUAUUUAUAUAGCCCUAGAUCACGAGUGUCUCAAAGGGCUGCACAAGCCCCAACGACAUCCUCGGUUCAGAUCCCACAUCAGGGCAAGGAAAAACUCAACCCAAUGGGGCAAUGAGAAGCCUUAUAUAUAUAUAUUGUUUUAUUUUGAAAAUAUGAAGCCCAUGUACCACAGUUUGAUUGAAUUUUAAAAACUGGAAAUAGUCUUUAUUUAUUUUUUAAAAUGCAGAAACGCAUACUAAAAACACAAUUUUGCAAGACAUCCUUUAUGAAAAAAUAUGAAGAAAAAUUAUUUUAAAAAAUUGGAAAUACAUUGAUUAUUUUAGAAAAAUCCAGAAGUUCACGGUUUAAAUUAAAAAAAAAAAGAGGAAGAAAAAUGUUUGGCGAUACGUUCUUUAUGACGAUUGGAGAUACAUGCUUUUGUAAAAAAAAUGUCAAUAACCGUAUUUUUCGGAGUAUAAGUCGCUCCGGAGUAUAAGUCGCACCUGCCGAAAACGCAUAAUAAAGAAGGAGAAAGACAUAUAUAAGUCGCACUGGAGUAUAAGUCGCAUUUUUGGGGGAAAUUUAUUUGAUAAAACCCAACACCAAGAAUAGACAUUUGAAAGGCAAUUUAAAAUAAUUAAAGAAUAGUGAGUCAUUCAAAUAACUAUAACAUAUAGAACAUGCUAUACCUUUACCAAUCAAUCUUUCACUCCUAAUCGAUAAAUCCCAUGAAAUCUUAUACGUCUAGUCUAUUACGACAAUGUUUUUCAACCACUGUGCCGCGGCACACAAGUGUGCCGUAAGAUAUUGUCUUUUGUGCCGUGGGAAAUGAUGCAACUUCACCUAAUUGGUCCAAAAAAUAUUUUUUUUUGCAAAUGAAUAAUUAUAAUCUGCUAAUACUGUGCCGUUCCUGAGUGUCCGUGCUGUGUAGAACUUGGCCGUAGAGCUGUGAUCCCAAUAUGCAGACCACAGCGUGCAGGUAAAAAAAAAGGUAUGUAACGCUUAAGCCAAAAAUGAAGAAAAAGGAAAAGGCAAUAAAGCAUAGGGAUGGCUGUGUAAACCUGAACUGGUUACAAAGUAAACAGAAACAGAAUGCUGGACGACAGCAAAAACUUGCGGCGUGUGGAGCAGAGACGGACGACGUCCACAAAUUACAAACCCCGUUUCCAUAGGAGUUGGGAAAUUGUGUUAGAUGUAAAUAUAAACGGAAUACAAUGAUUUGCAAAUCAUUUUCAACCCAUAUUCAGUUGAAUGCACUACAAAGACAAGAUAUUUGAUAUUCAAACUGAUAAACUUUUUUUUUUUUUUGCAAAUAAUAAUCAUCUUAGAAUUUCAUGGCUGCAACACGUGCCAAAGUAGUUGGGAAAGGGCAUGUUCACCACUGUGUUACAUCAAAUUUUCUUUUAACAACACUCAAAAAACGUUUGGGAACUGAGGAGACAAAUUUUUUAAGAUUUUCAGGUGGAAAUCUUUCCCAUUCUUGCUUAAGUUGUUCAUCUCUGUUGUCGUAUUUUAGGCUUCAAAAUUUUCAGUGGGAGACAGGUCUGGACUACUUUUACUAUGACGCCAAGCUGUUGUAACACGUGGGUGGCAUUGUCUUGCUGAAAUAAGCAGGGGCGUCCAUGGUAACGUUGCUUGAAUGGCAACAUAUGUUGCUCCAAAACCUGUAUGUACCUUUCGGCAUUAACGGUGCCUUCACAGAUGUGUAAGUUACCCAUGCCUUGGGCACUAAUUCACCCCCAUACCGUCACAGAUGCUGGCUUUUGAACUUUGCGCCUAUAACAAUCCGGAUGGUUCUUUUCCGCUUUGUUCCCGAGGACACAAAUGUCCAUAGUUUCCAAAAACAAUUCGAAAUGCGGACUCGUCAGACCACAGAAGACUUUUCCAGUUUGCAUCAGUCCAUCUUAAGAUGAUCUCGGGCCCAGAGGAGCCGGCGGCGUUUCUGGAUGUUGUUGAUAAAUGGCUUUUGCUUUGCAUAGUAGAGCUAUAAAGUAAAAAAGGUGCGGGGAAUAGCGCUCAAAGAAGACAUAAAACUGCUAAAGUGCUACACACUGUAAAACACCAACAAACUCAAAAUAAGGCACGAGGAGGACCUGGUGGAGUUUCAUCUUUUAACGUUUUCUGCCGGUGGUGUGCCUGCGGAUUUUUAAAUGGAAAAAAAUGUGCCUUGUCUCAAAAAAGGUUGAAAAACACUGUCUUACGUGAACGAGCUAAAUAAUAUUAUUUGAUAUUUUACGGUAAUGUGUUAAUAAUUUUAAAUAUAAGUCGCUCCUGAGUAUAAGUCGCCAAACUAUGAAAAAAAAACCGCGACUUAUAGUCCGAAAAAUACGGUAAUUAAAAAAAAUCACAAAAUUUGGAGGUUUUUUUUGCAAAAUCUAAAAAAAUUCUUUGUAUUUUAAGAAAUGGGGAUGCUUUGAUAAAAAACAAAAGGACACCACUUUUAAAUAUUUAUAAAAACCAAAAAGCUUUACAAUAUUUGAAGAGGCAUCCUUUUUAUCACCUAUGAUUCAUCAAAUUUGCGGGCAUAAAAACACUUGGAAAAACACGCUUUAUAGGAGGAAAUAUUUGGAGAUACUUGCUUUAUUAGAAAAAAAAAAUAUAUAUAUAUAUAUGUAUGUAUAUAUGUAUAUUGGCACCCAAACAAAGAAAACAUGACCACUUUGGCUGAAGUCAUGCUUAUUUGUCAUUUAUUUUAUGUUCACGUGUGACUUAUCGGUACUAAAAUAGCAAAGUGAGGAUUGUUUGAAUCCUUCAAAUGAAUGUAAAACGACCACAACCUUUCCUACUUUCUCAUCAUGCCUGACUUAAAGUCAUGGGCAAAAGUUCACAUACACUUGCAAAAGCCAGAAUGUCAUGGUUGUCUUGAGUUUCCAAUCAUUUCUACGACUCUUGUUUUUUUUUUUUGCGAUGGAGUGAUUGGAGCACAUACUUGUUGGUCACGAAAAAAAUGACAUCUAUUAAACAAGACGAGAGACGGAAUUAAUUUGGCUCAAUUGAGGAGAAAACGUGUGGACCUGUCACCUCUUACAGCAGGGGUCGGGAACCUUUUUGGCUGAGAGAGCCAUGAAAGCUAAAUAUUUUAAAAUGUCUACCCGUAGGAGCCAUGUAAUAUUUCCAUCCAUCCAUCCAUUUUCUACCGCUUAUUCCCUUAGGGCAGGGGUGCCCAUUACGUCGAUCGCGAGCGGGUGUGUCAGUCGAUCUCCAGCCAGGCUUUUGAAAAAAAAUAGACUUAAAAAUUAGUGAUCAUCAAUCUUCACCAAGACGUCACUUAAAUGACAUUCACGGUACCGGAGGGUCUUGUGAGAUGACGCUGGCUGCUGCAAGAUCAUUAUUAUGAAAAUAUGACCGAGAGGAAGGCGAGAAACACUUUUUAUUUCAACAGACUCUCGCGCCGUACCUUCCGUCAAAACUCUAAAGGCCGACUGCACAUUUCCUAUCUUCACAAUAAAAGCCCUGCUUCAUGCUGCCUGCGCUAACUAAACACAGAGUCUCGGAAAACUGGCGUGCACAAGCGAUCCCUCCGAUCUACAAGGGAGGGGGGGGACAUAGGAGAAAAAAGAAAAGAAGCGGCAGAUCAACUGGUCUAAAAAGGAGAUCUAUUUAAAGGCUAGAGUAUACAGAUGAGUUUUAAGGUGAGACUUAAAUGCUUCUACUGAGGUGGCAUCUCGAACUGUUACCGGGAGGGCAUUCCAGAGUACUGGAGCCCGAACGGAAAACGCUCUAUAGCCCGCAGACUUUUUUUGGGCUCUAGGAAUCACUAAUAAGCCGGAGUCUUUUGAACGUUCAAAGAAGACGUUUCGUAAAACAGUAGAAAAAGGAAGUCGCCCAGAGGGGACUCUGGUCCUGCCUCCUCCUGUUUCAAUCAAUCAAUCAAUCAAUGUUUAUUUAUAUAGCCCCAAAUCACAAAUGUCUCAAAGGACUGCACAAAUCAUUACGACUACAACAUCCUCGGAAGAACCCACAAAAGGGCAAGGAAAACUCACACCCAGUGGGCAGGGAGAAUUCACAUCCAGUGGGACGCCAGUGACAAUGCUGACUAUGAGAAACCUUGGAGAGGACCUCAGAUGUGGGCAACCCCCCGCCCCCCUCUAGGGGACCGAAAGCAAUGGAUGUCGAGCGGGUCUAACAUGAUACUGUGAAAGUUCAAUCCAUAGUGGCUCCAACACAGCCGCGAGAGUUCAGUUCAAAGCAGAUCCAAGACAGCAGCGAGAGUCCCGUCCACAGGAAACCAUCCCAAGCGGAGGCGGAUCAGCAGCGUAGAGAUUUCCCCAACUGAUACACAGGCGAGCGGUCCAUCCUGGGUCUCGACUCUGGACAGCCAGUACUUCAUCCAUGGUCAUCGGACCGGACCCCCUCCACAAGGGAGGGGGGGGACAUAGGAGAAAAAAUAAAAGAAGCGGCAGAUCAACUGGUCUAAAAAGGAGGUCUAUUUAAAGGCUAGAGUAUACAGAUGAGUUAAAUGUUUCUACUGAGGUGGCAUCUCGGACUGUUACCGGGAGGGCAUUCCAGAGUACUGGAGCCCGAACAGAAAACGCUCUAUAGCCCGCAGACUUUUUUUGGGGCUCUAGGAAUCACUAAUAAGCCGGAGUCUUUUGAACGUUCAAAGAAGACGUUUCGUAAAACAGUAGAAAAAGGAAGUCGCCUAGAGGGGACUCUGGUCCGGCCUCUUCCUCGCAUCCACAGUCCUUGGGAAAGACAAUAUAUUUGAAACGUUGACACAAAGCUGGCAUGCAGGAUGUUUGUUUUUCGUUAGUUUUUCUUUAUUUUGCUCUUUUCGCCAAUGCUAAAAAAAAAAAAGUUAAUUUUUUAGAUCUAAAUAUACUCCUCCCCUCUUAACCACGCCCCCCCAAUCCCUCAAAGACCAACUCCUUGGUCUUUGACUUUGGGAGGCCGAGUCCAAGGUCCCAACCUAUUGUGAUCGAGGGAGUCGAGGUACAGAUCGUGGACUCAUUCAAGUACCUCGGUGGGGAGGGGGGACUAUAAGCUGGACUGGACUCUCAACACGGACCACUUGUCUAGGAAAGGACCAAGCAGGCUCUACUUCCUGAGGAGGCUGCGAUUUUUCAACAUCUGUAAAAAACUCUCGUGGAUGUAGUACCAGUCUGUGGUUGCCAGUGUUCUGUACUACAUGGUCACUACUGCCUAGUUUCUUUUGUAAUAUUCUUAUUUGACUGUUGUAUUAUGAUAUGACAUAAUGGUUAGAGUUUCCGCCCUUAGUUCGGUAGGUUGUGAGUUCAAACCCCAGCCGAGUCAUACCAAAGACUAUAAAAAUGGGAGCUGUUGCCUCCCUGCUUGGUAUUCAGCAUCAAAGUUUGGAAUUGGGGGUUAAAUCACCAUAAAUGAUUCCCGGGCGUGACCACUCCUGCUGCUCACUGCUCCCCUCACUUCCCAGUGGGUGAUCAAAUCAUUGGUACUUUAACCUUAUAUUUUUAUUCUCAUUGUUUAUUUUUAUUUUUAUUCUUGUUGUAAUAUUUUCUAUUUUGUUCGCCCCCCCCCCCCACGACACCAAAGGGAAUUAGUGGUAGAAAAUGGAUGGUUUCCAUUUAUACCCCCAUUAUUUAGUUUUUGAAUUCGAUCCCAACUCUGUACACUGCUGCAGGAAUUUUAAUUCCAUCCAUCCAUCCAUCCAUUCAUAAUAAUCCCCUCAAUUCCCCCCCAAAAAUGUAUGAACUCACUGGAAAAUAAAGGCCAUAUUACAUACAUCCAUAAACGUGGAUCCCCACCAUACUUGACGGUAGGAGUGGUGUUCCUGGGAUUAAAGGCCUGACACCUUUUCUCCUCCAAACACAUUUAUAAAUAAAUGAUAAAUGGGUUGUACUUGUAUAGCGCUACCUUCAAGGUACUCAAAGGGCUUUGACACUACUUCCACAUUUACCCACUGAUGGAGGGAGCUGCCAUGCAAGGCGCUAACCAGCACCCAUCAGGAGCAAGGGUGAAGUGUCUUGCUCAGGACACAACGGAUGUGACGAGGUUGGUACUAGGUGGGGAUUGAACCAGGGACCCUCCGGUUGCACACGGCCACUCUUCAUUUCUGGCUCCAUUUUUGUUUCAUUGAACAUCAGAUGGACAAAGAUAAGACUUUCUGGCGGAAAGUUCCGUCGUCAGAUGAAACAAAAAUUGAAAAAAACCAAACAAAUUUAGCUGAACGGCACCCAUUUUGUCAAGCGGAGUGGUCAAAGAUUCAAACCAGAAGCUUGUGAAUUCCGUAAUGUUUUCAGACCAACUUGGCGAUGCGAUUUGAAUGUGUUGUUUUUAGAUUGGUCUCUCCAAAGCUUUGGUAUAAAUUGCAAAAUACCUAUUCUGUUCCGGGUGAUCAUUUAAACUCAGUUUAUGUGUCAUCAAAAGAACUUGGGAUUGACCAGUACCUUAGAAUCCCUUGGAGGAACUUCUGGUUCAAACGCAACAAUGGCUACCAAAAGCGCCUUAUUGUAGUGAAACUUGCCAAGGGACAUGUAAGCAAAUAUUAACAUUGCUGUGUGUAUACUUUUAACCCAUAAUAUUUCAUAAAAGAAGCAAACUUCAUGAAUGCUUAUUGUGACCAACCAGUACGUGCUCCAAUCACUCUAUCACAAAAAAAUAAGAGUUUUAGAAAUGAUUGGAAACUCAAGACAGCCAUGACAUCAUGUUCUUUACAAGUGUAUGUAAACUUUUGACCACUUCUUUCCAUUGAAGCCAUGUGGGCUAAUGAACUGUUGACAUGUAUUUUAAUGCUCGUAGGCUUUUUAGAUGGUCUUUUUUUCCCCCCCUGCUUUAUACAAACAAAACUUCUUUUUUUUUAAUAUUGUUUACAUUUGAAAGACAAUUGUACUGAAUGUUGUCUCACACACUGUCCUUUUGCACCUUGUAGGACGUACACAAGUGCAUUGUGGGUUGUCUCAGACAGCUCCCGGUCAUGAAAUGAAUCUGUGUUUUCUUAAUAAGGGCUUUUUUAAAGAAUUGUUUUUUUUUUUAGAAAAUAAGGAGAAAAAAAAAAUGUUUUACCUAAAGCUUUUUGUACGUUACUUUUUUGGGACAAUCUGUACGGAAUUGUACUUUGUAUUCUUUUGUUAUACGGGCCCAGUGGAAAUAGGUUUGAAUAAAUUGUCAAAUGCU